UAGCCUAAAACAACUAGGGCAUGUAGCUGACCUAAAAUGUUGGUUUCGCCAGGCCUUUAUUUUGAAGGCAAACAGGAAGAGCAUUGUUUGAUGUCCGUGGUGCUGACGGAUGUUGUUUACGGUCGGCCGGGCCAUAGUUUGUGGCUAUAAAGGGUCUUCCUUACAACUUUUUUUUUACAAAUCUUCACUUUUACAGGCAACAAAACUAUCGUCAUGGCUUCCACGGUGCCCAUUAAGAUUGGAAUAAUUGGUGGUUCAGGCCUUGAUGAUCCAGAUAUCUUGGAGGGAAGGACUGAGCGUUAUGUUGACACACCAUAUGGAAAGCCAUCCGAUGCUCUGAUACUUGGGAAAAUUAAAAAUGUGGAAUGUGUGCUCCUUGCAAGGCAUGGGAGACAACACACCAUUAUGCCAUCUAAUGUGAACUACCAGGCCAACAUCUGGGCACUGAGAGAAGAGGGCUGCACACAUCUGUUAGUUACCACGGCCUGUGGUUCCCUCCGGGAGGAGAUUCAGCCAGGAGACAUUGUCAUCAUAGAUCAGUUCAUUGACAGGACCACCAAGAGAGCUCAGACGCUGUACGAUGGGCAGUCAACCAGUCCUCCAGGAGUGAGUCACAUCCCCAUGGCUGAGCCUUUCUGCAACAGAACCAGAGAGGUUCUGGUGGAGGUGGCGCGGAGCCUGGGGGUCAAGUGCCAUGUGCGAGGCACCAUGCUGAGUAUCGAGGGCCCCCGCUUUUCCUCGCGGGCCGAGAGCCUGAUGUUCCGCCAGUGGGGCGCUGACGUCAUCAAUAUGACCACUGUGCCAGAGGUGGUCCUCGCCAAGGAGGCCGGCCUGUGCUAUGCCAGCAUCGCCAUGGCAACCGACUAUGACUGUUGGAAGGAGCAUGAGGAGGCGGUCUGUGUUGAUAACGUACUGAAGACGAUGAAGGAGAACGCCAACAAAGCCAGCAGUAUCCUGCUGACUGCAAUACCUCAAAUUAGUCAGAUGGACUGGGCUCAGACAAUGAAGACCUUGAAAUCAAUGGCCCAAUCUUCAGUAAUGUUACCAAAACACUAAGCAUGCACAAAAGGAUACCAGACACCGACUACAGACUCAACUCUGCCUGUGGAUUUGUCAUCAGUGAAUCCCAAGAAAGUGCCUCACAUAAAUAAUGCAUGUGCUCGGUCUUCAGCUGGAGUAUGAAGGUUUUUCAUAGUAGAUUUUCAAGUAGAUUUUUUUCUCAACUGUCCCACACCUGAGAAAAAAAUCAGUUUUUUCUGUCUGUCCCACCACAUGUUUAGUUAAAAAUCAUUUCAAAAGAGCAACAAAGAUGUUGGGUCUUCUAAGGAUUAUACUUGAUAUUAUUUUUUUUGUGCAUUUAUAUUUUGUGUGAUCUGUCAACAUUUAAAAUGUAUAUACAGUAUCUGCCUGUAAAUUUCUUUUUUUUUUAAUUGCUGUUAAUGCAGUAAAAAUGCUUUGCAAGUUUAGCACAUAAAUAAUUUACUUCCUUAGUUACAACUAAUUUAAACUUUUUAUUUUUUUUUAAAAGUAAAAUCUGAUGUCUUGAACGUAUCCCACAUACUCAAAUAAAAUCUUUUAAAUGCCUGGAUAC